AUGGGGAAAGACACAUCAACUGCUAUAAGCUCCGUUGAGUCGCUGGAGCGGAGCCCUCUACAAAACGUCAGCCUCUUUCGAAGGGUUUUUCAUGGGACGCUCGUUCAGGUUCUGAUUGUUGGACUGGUAUCCUGUAUGAAUCCUGGAAUCUGGAAUGCCUUGAACAGUCUUGGUGCAGGAGGUGAAGAGUCGCCGUUCCUUGUCAAUGCUGCGAAUGCCAUUACCUUUGGCAUCAUGGUCUUUGGUUGCACUGCGGGAGGCAUUGUGUCAAACAAAAUUGGCCUGAAAUGGACGCUUGUACUUGGAACACUGGGCUAUCCCUGCUAUUCUGCAAGUCUCUAUACCAACAACCGCUAUGGAACCGUGUGGUUUGUACUGUUUGGUGCUGUGACAUGUGGAUUCUCAGCUAGUAUGUUGUGGGCCUCUGAAGCAGCGAUUGCACUAGGCUAUCCCGAGCACAAGAAACGCGGACGCUAUGUUGGUAUCUGGUUAGGAAUUCGCGGAUGUGGCUCACUUAUUGGUGGUAGUAUUAAUCUUGCCCUUAACUCCAAAAAUGCGAAGACAGGCAAAGUCGGCUAUACAACCUACCUUGUCCUCAUAGCCAUCCAAUGCUGCGGUCUCCCUUUUGCUCUUCUUCUUUCUCCUCCGGACAAGGUAAUCCGUGAUGAUGGCACCAAAGUCCCCAACCUAAAGCACACAACUUGGCUUAAAGAAGGAAAAGCUAUCUGGCGACUGAUUCGAACCCGCCGUAUCCUCCUCCUCAUUCCAAUCUUUAUUGUCGGCAACUGGGGCAGCACUUACACCAGUAACUACUUUGCAACGUACUUUUCCGUUCGCGGUCGUGCGCUUGGUAGCUUCCUCACAGCCGUCGCGGGCAUCAGCGGCGAUUUGUUGACAGGUUUGGCGCUGGAUUACGAGCCAUGGAAACGCAGCUUCCGUGCUAAGAUCGUGUGGGUUUGGCUUCUGAGUCUGAUUUUGGGAUUGUGGAUCUGGCAGACGACAAACCAGGUGCUGUAUGAUCGUACAUCCCCGAAACUUGAUUGGAUUACGCCGGGCUUUGGGAGGGGGUUUGCGCCUUAUAUUCUUUGGAGCUUUGCAUCGGAGUCGCUUAAUACGUAUCUUUAUUGGACAAUGGGAACACUCGACGACGGCGUCGGCACACUAGCCCGCACUACUGGCCUCCUCCGCUCCUUCGAGUCCCUUGGCUCGACCUUCGCAUUCGUAACCAGCGCCACGCACUGGAAAUACAUCAAUACCCUGAUACUUGCAUUUGCGCUAUUUGUCUUCCAAAUUCCGUUUACCACGACGGCCGCGUGGAGUGUGCCCGAAAAGCCAUUUGUGGGUGAUGAGCAGAGGGAGGCAGAGGAGGCGGAGGCUGAUAGUAGGGGAGAGGCCGAUAGUGAUAGCGAGAAGGGCGCAGGUGUGGCGGUGGGGAAGGGUGUUGUAGUGUAGAUUAAAUGAGGGGCGAUUCAAGGGUAGAUAAAUGUAUAUGAGUGAAGUUGAUGUCGUUACAAGCACCAUCAGCUUGAUAAGUGGG